AAUUCUCGUACAAUAUAUUAGCCCGGAUUGAGCAUGUUAUUAAGAACAUGUUGCGGCUGCUGUAGCUUGAAGUACGGAUGCUUCUUGGUUGCCGUCUACACGGGCCUCACCUAUAGCCUGCAGCUGGUGACCCUGCUGAUGUAUGGACUAAUCGAAGAGUACGCCGAGAGUCAGAUCUUCUACUUGUUUAUGUCCGUGCCCUGCACCAUCGCGGUGGCCGUGUCCGUGGCCUUGUUCGUGGGCGCCCUGAAGAAAAGGGCGAGGCUCUUGUGGCCCUGGCUGAUAACCUUUAGCGUAUUUUCGAUUAUCUUCUUGCUGACCCUCAUCGGCAGCCUGAUCGCGGGCUCCACCCAGAGCAAUGUGGAGGACAAUCACGUCGGCUCCGGCUUCAUGCGACGACCCCUAGUACAGACCUUGAACCUGCUGAUGCAUCUGUACGUCCUGCUGGUCGUCUAUUCCCACUACUCCGAACUGCAGAAUGAGAAUCUGAUUUUCUGAUCAAGCAAUCGAUCAGUUUUCCGUCUGUCAACGAUCUGUAGCUGUAGUGUGUUUUCCUGCUCAUUCAGUUGAAGAACAUACAGACAGGCUCACACCUCAGUACAAAAUCAUUUGCUCCAAAAUAUUUUUGUAAUUUCAAAUUUUGUGUCUAGUGUAGAAAUCUAAAUU